AAUGAAGACAAAGUACACAAACCUCGCAUGUCUCAUUGAUAGGAGUGUGUUAACUGGGAUUCUUCCCCUUGUUUUUCCUCUCAAUUCGUGUUUUUAAAUGAAUUCAUCCUAUAAUGGUGUUUACCUGCGUCAUUCAGGGCUGCGGGAAAAGACCUGAGCCGUACGCGAGAAACUUGCAUGGAUUCCCGAAUAACUUGGAGACAAUAAAAGCCUGGAAUAAGUUCGUGAAGCGGACCAGACCGACUUGGAAUGGCAACACUCCUUCAUCGAGGGUCUGUAGCGAACAUUUCCAGCCAGAUUGCUAUAAAAACCAUAUGGCCUGGUCGAUGAAAUGGGUUAGGACGCUGGAUCUGAAAGACGACUUUCAGGUCCCCACAAUAUAUCCUGCAGUGGUUAAGAAAAGUCCUGCAUUACUUGCCAAAGAUGACCGUAAAGCAGGGAGAAACAUCAGCCCGAUCCCACCGUCUAGUUCCACUAUGCUUGCAUCAGUAGAAAUAAAAAAAGAGGAGGAGGAAUCACCCUGCUCAGGAGCCACAAUGCCACCUCUUAUUCAGGGAUGUCAUGUAAAGACCGAGUACCAGGUGAUGUACUUUGUAAGACAUGUGGCGUCCCAGACCGACCCUCCAUCCAUUUCCACAAACACACGAUCAGUCGGCACACAGCUGACCAGGAUACCACGACAAAUUAAAGUUCAAACUACAGGCUCACAGGUGAUAUUUAAUAGUCAACAUCGUAUUAUCUGCACAGACCCCUUAAAGUCACCACUGCUGCUCCUACAACCAACGCUGGUAAAAAGACCAUCCAAGAAACUUCGACUUGGACUGGAAUAUGAGGAGGAAGCACUUCAGGGCAAGACCAGUUCAACGUGAACCUGUGGACCGUUCUGGUGCUGCAGUCAUACCUCUUGGACCAGAGAACAAAAAAGCAGAUGUCCAUGUAGCUUUUGUCUUUAGUGCGGGGAAAAUAUUCAACUUGCACCUUGCAAACUGCAAUGCUUGCUGGGAUAGAAAGCUCAUUUCUGUCAGUAUCUCUUAGCAAUCUGCAUUGAAGAAUUACCUUAAUUUCUUGUUAUAAAUGUGUUCGUAAAUGUGCGUAUACCUCAAAACAAAACGUCCCUUCUUUUAGGGUUUUUCUCCCCUAAUUGGUUGGAAACUGACCGUAGCAAGAUUAAUAGUCCUCUCUUUGUUGAGAGCAACACCAAGGACUCUAUGUUCAAAUAGAAACACUUAGCAGAUUUGAAUAAAAGGAUUGCUGCCCAUGCUGAGGGGUCUAAAUAAUCCAGUUGAUUGUAAUGACAUUCUUUCAUCUUUUCUCAGUGAAAUAGUCAUACUUUUCUUUGUCAAACUUCAAGAAAUGGCUUGUUUUCUAGUACUUAAUAAAAAAAAAAAAAUUACAUACCUAAAUUAACUUUAGGUGCAUACCUUUGACUUAAAAUAUAAUUUUUCAGCACUUUGAUAUUUACAUAUAAAGUGCAUUAAAGCAUUACUUUCUUAGUUGUGCAAAAAAAAAAAAAAUUCUGGCAGGGCUCCAUAAAGCAAGCAAACAUAAAAGCAUUCAAUAAUAUACAUAUUGUAAGGCUGUGUUAUUAUUGCACAAUUACUGCUGCAUGUUUUAUAAUGUUCACUGUGAUAAAAAUUACAAGAACUACACAUAUUUCUGUUCUCUUGGUGGAAGCGGAGGACAUGCGUUUCCGGUGGAAAUGCUGAAGGAAUCGCCCAGAUGAGUAGACCCAGUGUCACCAUUCAGGAGUCUCAGCAAAUCCUGGAAGCUGGAAUGGCUCAGAUGGAAAGACGCUGUAUUCUGAACUGCGAUGCUCAACAAAUCAGGUUUGGACUCCCGGAACGCGCCGACCAGAAGGAGAAGUGGUUGCGGUUCAUCUUCAACAGCAUCCCCAAGCAGUACCAACCCGACCUUGUGUUAUGUGCACACCAUUUUACAAAAGGCUGCUUCCUGAACUGGUCCAAGUGGUCGGAGAAGUUGCAGCUGAGAGAUGGAGCGGUUCCGACGCUCCGGAACCCGUAUCACGAUCCAGGAGUGUAUGAAUAUCGUGUGAAAACCAUAUGUGAGGUGGCACCUGCUGUAAAACAUGUGGCCUCCCAGACUGACCCUGUAACCACAGAAACGCGAGCAGUCGGCGCACGCCUGCCUAUCGCAUGUCCAAACAGCUUUAAAAGCACAGGUACCCAGGUUGCAGUGAAGAGACGAAAUUGUGGCGUUUGUACAGAAACCAUCACCUUAGACAGCCCCCUGCUGCUCCUGCAGCCUGGAGAAAAGCUGAAGGAGAGACCAUCCAAGAGACCUCGACUCAGCCUGGCAGAGGAGGAGGUGGUGGUCCCCUCAGAGAGCAGCAAACCCAACCCAACAUGAACUACAACACGCUGAGGUGGAGCAGAUGUCUUUUACGUCCAAGUGGAGAAUCACAGACUUUUAACACGCAGAGCAUUUUUUUCUUUGGUGCUGCAACACCUCACCUAGAAAAGCCACGUGAGGCUUAAUUGCACAACUUUUCACACCAAUAUUUCAUGCCUUGCCAUCUGCCCCAUGUUGUGGGAGCUCCAUAUGAGGCACAGAAGCUGUCGGGGACCCAGAGCCGUCCCCGUGUCUCGAUUUGAUUUCUGAUCUCAUGGAUUUCCUGGAUCGAAGCUACAUAGGUAACUCAGCAGCUGUCUUUUUGAGAGGAAUGACUCCACAGAGAUUACUGCACAUAGAAAAGAAAUCGCACUAUGUUGACACAAAGCUUUGAAAUAGCUAAGAAAUUGCAGUUUGGAUUAAAGAGUGCCAAAGUUUGUUACCAACUCUGUGGCCUUAGGCCAAAUUAGACUGUGUAAUCUAAUAACACAGUCUAAUAGACUGUGUAAUGUGAUUUGUGAAAUAAAUAUUUCAUUGCCGUCUUUA